UUCCGGUAGCUACCGGUAGAUCAUCGCCACGAUCCUCGGCGUUGGCAGAAAGUGUGCCAAUCGAUCGAGGACACACUGCAGUCAACGCCCACAACGUUGAUAGUGCGGUAGCAUCACCCAAGCAAGAAGCAAGAGGUUGGCUGAAAGGUUCUGUUGAACGGUAUCUUAUCAGUCAUCCCAGUUUCUAGCUAUCUAUCUAUUGUGGUUACCGGCAGCAGCAUCGUGGGUUGUUGGAUCUUAUCCUAUCUUAUCUUUCUGGACAAUGACGAACGGCAGUCACAAGAACGGCAAGUUUCAAUAAUUGUAAAUAACUAACUAACUGACUGCUCGAUCGACCGACAAGGACAACACAACAAGAUGCCGACCAAGCGACGGAACCGUGGCAACAAUGCAGGUAAAACUACCCCUCAACCUCCCAUUGUCGCUGCCAGACCCAUCAUUAGUGAUGGUCGUCGUCCUCCCGUGUUGGUAGAUAUCCCCUUGGUUCCGGUCGAACAGAUCGAUCCUCAAGCGGCUGCUCGGAUUGUCAAGUCAACCCCCGUGGAUCCAUCGACCCAAAUUGUACGCCAUUUGGCAAUCUUUCGAAUCCUGAUCUUUCUCAUGUUGGUAUAUACCUACGUGAGAUACUUACCGCAUACCGAAGUGAAUCGACACAUUGUGGAUGCCUGGUUUACAUACGAUCAAUUCUUUUUCUUUGACUGGGCACCCAAACAGGGAGAUCCCUGGGGUAGAUUUUAUUCCUUGACCAUCCUGACGUGUGCCGUCUUUUUUGGAAUGCUCAGUGUCAUGGGGGGAGUCAACGGGAUGCCCCACAGUUUCCGCUUUUCGGGAUCCGUCUUUCUCGGUUGCUUUGCCUUUCGGUUCUUUACAUUUGCCAGUCACUUUCAGGAUCGACACUAUCUGCUAUUCUUGUUGGGAGUCAUUUCGGUAGUGGCAGGUGGAGGUGGCUUUUUUCUCAUUUUUACCGAAGUGGAACCCCAAAUGACACCACAGUUGCAACAAAGUCAACGAUACCGACGAAGGAUCCUCAUUCAAUCCAGUGAAUGGGGUGCCAUCACAUUGAGACUCCAGUUUGCAGUUGUCUUUUUCUAUUCCUCACUCUGGAAGCUACACAGUGAUUACCUGCAAGGACACAUUUUGAGAGGACAUUUGGUGGGAUUUGAUUUUGAAGGAGGCACUACACGACAACCCGGGCUUUGGACCGUCUUGGAGGCGAUCUUUGGACCUCAAUUGUUUCAGUGCAUGGGUAUUGGCGGAUUUUUGAUGGACUUUGGCAUGUUCCUGGCAUUGGUCUUUCGACGUCCUUCCGUGGAGACGGUGAGAUCCUUUUCCGCCUGGACAUUUCUUUUCCACGUGACAGUGGCGUUCUCUGUGGGACACAGGCUUGGAUACUCCUUCUCCGUCAUGUGCCUGGCGGGGAUACUCAUGUUUUAUCCGAUUGGUGGAGGUACCAAGGUCGAUAGCAGUGAUGAUGAUAGCGAGCGGAUCCACAGCCCGGCAAGUAGCAAGUCUCAAUCUGCCAUCAAGCAACGGAUUCGAAGUCGUCGGCAGCACUCGGUAGAAGCCAAUCUGGUCGAUUGGGUGCACCGAUAUGCUACAGAUAGUGUGGAAGCACGGGCUACUCGACCCCAACAACUGUUCACUCUAGCCUGGUUGGUAGUACAAAUCUUGAUUCCACUCCGAAUGCCCUUUGUGUCAGGUGGAAACUUCCCAUUCAAUGCCAAAGGGUAUCGCUUCUCGUGGACCAUGAUGAUGCACAGCCGCCAAACUUCAAUCCUACAUGUUGGAAGGUACAAUCCUCCUCCCAAUUCAGGAAUCCAGCCGUCGGAUCGGAUAGUUCCAUUGCAGAUGUUCUAUCUGAUUCCAGAAUGCAACGGGCACUCUUUACAAAGGAAGGACUACAUGCCUGAUAGGGCUGUCUCGGCUGAAGACCCCAGAACUCUUCCGAUGAAGUCUAUCUUGACGGAACCACAAUACACGUUCAUUACAUUCUAUCCUCGCUACAUUGUGCGUGUUGGUGGCGGGAUGAGCUUGGUGUUGCAUCAGAUUAAACCAGAAUCAUGCGACGGAGCCCAUGUGGCCGUGUCGGGCGUCCAUUUCGCCAAGCUAAAUGGCAAAGGCGCCUUUUGCAGAAUGAUGGAUCCAACCGUCAACUUGGCACUCAGCGAAAUCACGCGGUAUCACAGAAAUCUGUGGGAACAAUUGUGGGGAGUUAUUUUUGACGUGGCAACUCCUGACUAUGAGAUUAUGUUUCCAUCAGGGAUCGGAUCAAUGAAUUCAAAGAUUGAGAAGCACAGAGCUAGCGUCGAGAAGAGAUCAAAAGGGGCCAAACGAAUUGAAUUCGUAGCCGAUCGAUCAGCUUGCCUUGCAUCUCGCCCACUUGCCCUGUGGCCCAAUGGGUAUCCACUAGCAGUGAUGCCAUUGGAGGCGCCCGACAAGGCUAGACUAUUCAUAACUUCACGAGAGAACACGAUCAACACGGAUGAUGCGGGAGAAACCAACGUCACCAUUACAGCUGGUAAUCAAUGGGACAUCCUCGACGAACCAAAGACUACGGCCCUCAAGAUGAAGCGACCUCAUCCUUUGACGGCCAUCUCUGUUGAGGUUGGCAUGGUGCUGAACGGAGGUGGUCGAAAGCCUGGAGAUCCACGUUGUGGUGAAACCACGGAAGAGGACGUUCUGUUUGCCCUGAUAUUCAUGUCCUGAUCCGUUGCGUCAAUGAGAUUGGCUUGGAGCCAUGCUGAAUUAUGCAACUUGGAUUCAAACGCAUUCCCCAUCCUAGAUAGACAGCUUAGUUAGUUGUAGUCAGCAAGAUUGAAUUAGUGGCCGGGGUGCUGUGGCUAUAGCUUGCAGACCUGUCGACAGCGAAGGCUGGUUUGCUUGCAGU